UACUCAAUUUCAAGUUUAUUUGAACUAUUUUACUUUCUCUGUAAUAUAACUUAUUUGAGUUAAUUUUGUAAUAUUAUCACAGAGAGUAGUUCAUAUGAGUCAGUUCUCCUAUUUGAAAUUAAGUGGCCACUUUACUUUCAUAGAUUUAUAGUUUAGGUUAAGUGCGGCAGUGUCUGAUUACAUAUCAUGCCGUAUCCUGGAGAUUCUGGUGAAAAUGGGAAUAUUGUGUAUGGAAAUGGGCGGCAAAAUGGAGGCCAAGCUUACACCGUGAAACAGGCUUUCGCAGAAGGAGGUCUAAAAGCAGGGGUGUCACAUGCGGCGCGGGUCACCUACAGCGUGCUGUCUCGUCGCAAAGCCGCGGAAGAGGGCGCCGCUCGUCUCGCCAGGGUGCUCUCGGCUUUGGACCUCACGGCUCUGGGGGUCGGCAGCACCCUCGGCGUGGGGGUGUACGUGUUAGCGGGGGAUGUGGCGAAGAAUUACGCCGGGCCCGCUGUCAUACUGUCUUUCCUGCUGGCUGCGGUCGCCAGCGUGUUCGCUGGUCUAUGUUACGCAGAAUUCGGUGCCAGGGUGCCAAAAGCCGGCUCAGCAUACGUGUACAGUUAUGUCUGCGUGGGGGAAUUUAUAGCGUUUCUAAUUGGAUGGAAUUUAAUAUUAGAAUAUAUUAUAGGUGCUGCGUCGGUAGUGAAGGCACUCAGUGAAUAUCUGGACUCGUUGUUCAAUAAGGCGAUCUCGUCGUACCUACAAGCGGCGAUGCCUAUGGACUCGCCGCACUUGGCCAGCUACCCCGAUUUGUUUGCUUUUGCCGUCAUCAUGGUAUUCUCUGUGGCCCUCGCAUUUGGCGUGAAAGAAUCGUCGAAAUUCAACAAUUUCUGUACGGGCGUGAAUCUGUGUGUAGUGUUGUUUGUCAUCAUAUCGGGAUCGUUUAAAGCUGAUAGCAAGAAUUGGAAGAUUCCUGCCUCCGAAGUUCCCCAAAAUACUGGCAAGGAUUUCGGGAGCGGUGGCUUCGCGCCGUACGGGUUAGCUGGCAUCAUCAAGGGUGCUGCCGUAUGCUUCUAUGGUUUUAUAGGUUUCGACUGCGUGGCGACGGCGGGCGAGGAGGCGCGUCGUCCUCAGAAGACGAUCCCGUUCGCGGUGGUGGCGUCGCUGCUGGUGGUGUUCCUCGCCUACUGCGGCGUCUCCUCCGUGCUCACCCUCAUGCUGCCCUACUACAUGCAGGAUGAGAAAGCCCCGUUCCCGUUCGUGUACGACCGGCUGGGCUGGUCCUGGGCCAAGUACGCCGUCAGCGUCGGCGCCAUCUGCGCGCUCUGCUCCAGCCUGCUGGGCGCGGUGUUUCCCCUGCCACGCAUCAUGUACGCGAUGUCAUCCGACGGGCUGCUGUUCCGUUGUAUGGGCCGAGUCAGCCAGCGAUUCCAAACUCCGCUCGUUGGUACCCUCGUCGCUGGAGUCUUCACUGGUACACUGGCGAUGAUCUUCAAGUUGGAGCAGCUGAUCCAUAUGAUGUCCAUCGGCACUCUGCUCGCUUACUCUAUGGUCGCUUCUUGUGUUCUACUGCUCAGAUACGAGUGCAGCCCGGCGGCGCAGCGAGUGCCGGCGCCCGCGCUCACUGUACGCGGCGUACUGCGGCCCCUCGCGGAACUGAUCCGGACACCCGCCCCCGCCGCGCCCACGGCCGCCACCGCCGCGCUGGUGGCCGCGCUCGUCUCCUGCUACGGAGUGUGGUGCUUCAUAAUGAUGUCCAGCAUCAACCAGUACGGGGACGCCAUCCUGCGCGGCGAGCCGGGGCCCACGGCGAUGCUGGUGGUGGGCGCGCUGCUGGUCGUCUCCACGCUGUACGCCAUCUCCAGGCAGCCGGUGUCAGAGAAGAAAUUAGCUUUCUAUGUACCAUUGGUCCCUUGGCUGCCAGGUCUCAGCAUUCUCAUCAAUGUAUACCUGAUGCUGAAUUUGGAUUAUAUGACGUGGGUUAGAUUUGGAGUCUGGAUCUCGGCAGGUCUUUUGAUCUACUUCACAUAUGGCGUAUGGAAUAGCAGCGAGAGGCGUCGAACCCAGGAGUCAGUACAGCUGACGCAGUUCCACGACAGUCAGACAGCGCUACUCAACAACGGAUUACAGCACACGCUCGGCUGACAAUCAAGAGUUAGAGAAAGAGAACAGCGGGAGAGAGUGGAGACGGGAAGAGAUGUAGUCAGCCCAAGUGGUACUGUCAUAUCUUUUAUAUCCAGUAUUUGAAUUUUGUAUUUUGUAUUGUCAAACAUUGUAUGACUGCAAAUGUACAUGGUUGCUACGUAUAGCGUAAUCUCAUACAUUUAUGUAUGACGUUUAAUGAGAGUAUCUGACAUAAACUUGUAUAUUUAUAAUAAUAAUAAUAUCACUGAACAAUUCAC